GUUCCAAGUGACAAUCAUGAAACAGCGAGAAAAAGUACACGUCGUUUACUUUGCUAAACGCCAAGAUUGUACGUGGACACGUGGCGUCCGCCAUGAAUAACGACGUUCGAAUAUGUCGAAAUAUUGCUCUGCUCAUUCGGAAACGAUGGUCCGCGCGGCGUCUCGGCCUCGGAAUAAUUCUUUGUAUAUAGUGGACGUUCGCUCGAGUUUCGUUCGAGUCGACUGGUGGAACGGAGCGAGCGCAGUGCCGGUUUCGAGAGAGGCCGAUGAUUAUCCAGCACCGCAAAUAUUGUUUGUUAUUCAUGCGUGUGUGCAUGUCCGUUUGACCGCGGCUAUCAUAGCGCGUCAUAUCGGCUGCGUGCGCGUGGCACCUGAUAAUAGUCGCGAGACCGCGGUGUCGACGACGCCAACGAAGCCACAGCUGUUACGAGCUCGGAAAGCUCGCGCCAGCCCGUGCCGUUCGAACCGGUCGAGCGGCUGCAGAACGGAACAACGACUCGAGAGAAAAGUAAAAAGGACGGCGCGCACAGCCGAUUAAUAUCGAUUCGAGGUGGUCGCUGGGUAAUGAGCUCGGCCGACGCUCGAGUACACCGGCUGUUCGAGUUGCAGCCCGAUGGACUUCGGUGUAGAUGGAUUCAGCGCGAUGGGGAUGCGCUAUUGGCCGACUCGAGUCUCCCCUCUUCGCCAGCGCUCGCCUGUAUCCGCACUAUAUAGAUUUCUACAUCAAGUGUGAUCGGCGCAGCCGUAAAUGUCAGCUGAUUCGCUUCUGACGUUCGGCGUCGUUAUUUUCCGUACAACAGGGCGGACCGCACCGGCAUCAUCGCCACUUACUCUGCCAAUUUCUUGGCCGAUCGACAGUCUUGUGAACAAUAGCAGCUGUAGUUUACGCUAUUUCAAAAGAGAAAUCCAAAGACAGCCGCACAAGAAUCGUUGCAUACGCGUCGACAGAAAAAUUACCACGCUCCAGAGCAGAGUUCGGCCAAGGCGUCGCAGCAAGAAUGGAUCUGAAAUUGGAUCAAUUGUCCUUGGAAGCGGUACUGGACGAAGAAGUGAGCAAGGCCAACAGUUCGUUCGUGAAUAGGCUGCUCUAUGGCCGCGAAUUGGAUAAACUCAACGUGCCCCAACUCGACGAGGAGAAAUGCGAGGUAGCUGCCUGGCGUUUGGACGGCGCCAGGUUCGAGGAGCUUCGGCCGCCAAGGGUCAUACGUGUGGGCAUCAUUCAAAACUCGAUCGUUCUGCCGACGGAUGCGCCCGUCGUCGACCAGCGCGCUGCCAUUCACAAGAAGAUCGCCGACUACAUCGAGCACGCUGCCAAGUGUCAGGUCAAUAUUGUUUGCUUGCAGGAGGCUUGGACCAUGCCGUUCGCCUUCUGCACGCGAGAAAAAUAUCCUUGGUGCGAGUUCGCUGAGGACGCCCUCAGUGGGCCCUCCACCGAGCUGCUGUCCGGACUGGCGAAAAAAUACAAAAUGGUCAUCAUUUCGCCGAUUCUCGAGCGCGACAGCGUCAACGGUGAUACCAUUUGGAAUACCGCCGUGGUGAUCGGCACCGACGGUAAAGUGAUGGGCAAACACAGAAAAAACCACAUACCCAGAAUCGGCGACUUCAAUGAGUCUACCUAUUAUAUGGAAGGUGACACCGGGCAUCCGGUCUUUGAGACGCCUUACGGCAAAAUCGCCGUAAACAUUUGUUACGGCAGGCAUCAUCCGCUAAAUUGGUUAAUGUUUGGAUUGAACGGAGCCGAGAUCGUAUUCAAUCCAUCGGCAACGGUGGGCAAUUUGUCGGAACCCAUGUGGCCAAUCGAAGCAAGGAACGCUGCCAUUGCCAACAGCUACUACACUUGCGCUGUCAAUCGAGUGGGCAUCGAAAGGUUUCCCCAUGAAUUCACAUCAGCUGAUGGGAAACCAGCCCACCACGACUUCGGACACUUUUACGGCUCUAGUUACAUUGCUUCGCCUGAUGGCGCAAGGACUCGCGGCUUGAAUAGGCACAAGGACGGAUUACUCAUUGCCCAGUUAGAUUUGAAUUUGUGCAGGCAGGUCAAAGAUCUUUGGGGAUUUCGAAUGACGCAAAGAUUAGAAAUGUAUGGUAAAAAGCUCAACGAAGCUUCCCAGCCUCAAUUCAAGCCGCAAAUCAUUUGAAAGGGAAAUGAAUGAUGCAACUCUGCCAAUAUUGCUUUAUAAAAAGAUGUAUUUUAUAAAAUAACUAAAAACUCCAAGUCAGAAAGUGUUCUUUUCCUCCUCAAAUAAACGCAUAUUCUUUUAUGCAAUGUGGACUUAAUAAUAAA